UACGAGAUUUCCGGGAAUGUUUGAGAGUCACGCCCACCGCAGUUAGUUCCGGUCCAACGGGUGAACAGACAGGACCAGAACCAGGACCAGAGCACUGCUGCAGGCUUCACGACGAGUCACAUGAUGUCUAAGAAAGGAGCGACCCGCGGGCCGGAGGAUGACGCGCUGCUGGACGCGUCCAUCAUCCGCAUCCCGCCCCAUCACUACAUCCACGUCCUGGACCAGAACACCAACAUCGCCCGGGUCGAGAUCGGACCGCUCACCUACAUCCGCCAGGACAACGAGAGGGUUCUGUUUACACCGGUCCGUAUGAUCAUGGUGCCACCGCGUCACUACUGCGUCGUCCUGAACCCGGUCGCCCGCGAUGAUGACAAGCAGGUCCUCUUUGACCAAUCGGGUCAGGCCAAGCUCCGGCACGCCGACCUGGAGAUCCGUCUGACUCAGGACCCGUUCCCCCUGUACCCGGGAGAGGAGGUCCAGCUGGACGUGACCCCGCUGCAGAUCGUGUACCCGGACACGGCGCUGCGUCUGCAGGCUCUGCUGGACUUCGAGCAGGAAGGAGGAGAGAAGAGAGUCGCAGGAGACGAGUGGCUGUUUGAAGGACCCGGGACGUACAUCCCCAGGAAGGAGGUGGCGGUCCUGGAGACCAUCAAGGCCACGGUGAUCCGAGAGAACCAGGCCAUCAGACUGAGAGCCCGCAAGGAAGGAGUGGACAGAGGCGGAGUCCGCAGAGUCACAGGUGAGGAGUGGCUGGUCAGGAAGGUGGGAGCGUACCUUCCAGGUGCUCAUGAAGAAGUCCUGGACAUCGUGAACGCUUUCAUCCUCACUGACAAGAAAGCGCUUCAUGUUCGCGCCGUGCGAGCCUUUAAAGACGCCGGCGGGCGGGACCGUCGCACGGGGGAGGAGUGGCUCGUCACCUUGGCCGACAGGGAGGCUCACAUCCCGUCUGUGUCGGAGGAGGUGGUGGGGGUGGUGGAUGUGACCACCCUGAGCAGCAGGCAGUACUGUGUGAUCCUGGACCCGGUCGGAUCCGACGGGAAACCUCAGCUGGGACAGAAGAGGGUGGUGAAGGGUGAGCGCUCGUUUUUCCUGCAGCCAGGUGAGCGCCUUGAACGCGGCAUCCAGGACGUGUACGUGCUGUCAGAGGAGGAGGGUCUGGUUCUGAGAGCGGUGGAGGCCUUCAACGACACCGAGGAGCGUGAGGAGGAAGAGGAGGAGGCGGAGGAGGAGGAGCUGAUGCAGGAGAGGGCCAAGCGCUCACGGAGAAGCGGCGUCCUCCGUCGCCCCGGAGACCGCUGGAUGCUGCGCGGUCCCAUCGAGUACGUCCCCCCGGCGACCGUGGAGGUCGCGCUCAGACGUCAGUCGAUCCCAUUGGACGAGAACGAGGGCAUCUACGUCCGGGACAUCAAGACAGGAAAGGUGCAAGCGGUCAUCGGUCACACCUACAUGCUGACUCAGGACGAGGAGCUGUGGCAGAAGGAGCUUCCCGCUAACGUGGAGGCGCUGCUGGCUUCACCUCUGGACCCGCUGGCCGACCGCUCGGACCGGAGCGCCAGCAGCAGAGACGCCAGGCCGAGGGACAAGACCAAGGUGGUGUCGUACAGAGUGCCCCACAAUGCUGCCAUCCAGGUGUACGACUACAGAGAGAAGAAGGCCAGGGUGGUGUUUGGACCCGAGAUGGUGAUGUUGGGACCCGACGAGCAGUUCACCGUGCUGUCGCUGUCCGGAGACAAACCGAAGAGGGCCAACGUGAUCAAGGCCGUCUGCCUCCUGCUGGGCCCGGACUUCUUCACCGACGUCAUCACCAUCGAGACGGCCGACCACGCCCGACUGCAGCUGCAGCUCUCCUACAACUGGCACUUCGACAUUAAAUCUCCGGCCCCUGCAGCCGAAGCCGCCGCUCUGUUCUCCGUCCCGGACUUUGUGGGAGACGCCUGUAAAGCCAUCGCCUCCCGGGUCAGAGGCGCCGUCGCCUCCGUGCAGUUCGAUGAUUUCCACAAGAACUCGAACCGGAUCAUCUGCUCGGCCGUGUUUGGCUUCGAUGAGAAGCUGGCGGUUCGUCCCAACCUUUGCUUCAAGCAGAACAAGCUGGUGAUCAGCAGCGUGGACAUCCAGUCUGUGGAGCCCGUCGACCAGAGGACACGAGACGCCCUGCAGAAGAGCGUCCAGCUGGCCAUCGAGAUCACCACCAACUCCCAGGAGGCCGCCGCACGACACGAGGCCGAGCGUCUGGAGCAGGAGGCCCGGGGGAAGCUGGAGCGGCAGAGGAUCACAGACCAGGCCGAGGCGGAGAGAGCCAGGAAGGAGCUGCUGGAGCUGGAGGCGCUCAGUGCUGCCGUGGAGAGCACCGGAGCUGCCAAGGCUGAAGCUCAGUCUCGGGCCGAGGCGGCUCGUAUUCAGGGAGAGGCGGCCGUCAACGAGGCCAAACUGAAGGCUGAAGCUCAGCGCAUCGAGGCGGAGGCGGAGCUCCAGCGGCUGGAGAAGGCCCGUGAGCAGGAGCUGAGCUAUAAGAAGCAGAUGGAUGCUCUGGAGGUGGAGAAGCAGAAGAGUCUGGCUCGCAUCGAGAGCGAGCGCUUCGGUCAGCUGGUGGAGAGUCUGGGCAGCGACACGCUGAAGGAGAUGGCCAGAGCCGGGCCAGAACUGCAGGUGAAGAUGCUCCAGGCUCUGGGCCUGAAGUCCACCCUCAUCACUGACGGGUCAUCACCCAUCAACCUGUUCACCACAGCCAACGGCCUGCUGGGGGCGCUGCCGGGCCAAGGCCAGGGCCAGUGAGGAGGAGGAGGAGGAGGAGGAGUGUGAAGAGGAGAACAAGUCCAGAAGUAAAGCUCCACUGAAGCUCCACGUUAACGUGCCUUUGUCAGGUUUAAACCUAGACAGGAAGUCAUCUUUAAAAUCUGUUUAACCUGAAAACUCAGCUCCUCGACCCAAAUCAAAUCGACUGACAGGGACCAGAACUGAGUCAGGACCAGGACUGACUCAGGACUGACUCAGGACACAGACAUGACAUUAAAAUCCAGACUCAGACUCCUUUCUGCUCGUACUAACUCUCACUGACGUUCAAAACUGAAAAACGCGAUUCAUAUGAAAACUGACAACUACGACUCCCAGGGUGCAUUUCACUAACACGUGCUGUUUUAGGUCGUCAUAAUUCGCCGCCGUCCUGAUUCACACCUCUGAUUGACCUUCUCCAUAGCAAUGGCAGCUAAGGCUCAUGGGUAUUGUAGUCCUUAGAGCUGUCCACCAAACUGACUCGUUAACUCUCAGAAUUGUAUAAAUGAGUUUCAGCUGCUGUUGCUAUGGAGAAGAAGCCAGACAACCGUCGUCACGGUAACUAAAUUCAGGUAUCACACAUGUCCUUAGCGAGGCUCAUGUGAAGCUCUGUGAUUGGGUGUUCCUUCCUGUAGUGCAUCAUGGGAGUUGUAGUUAGUUGUUGUAGUUGUCUUUCAUACGUCCUGUGUUUGCUGACCUCUAGUGGUUGAAGUUGUCAGUGAAGCUUUUUGCACUGUGACUCUUCAGGAGUCAGAGGUUUACUUUUGGACAGAAACUUGAAGAAUCGUGCCUCCAGACGACGUGACGUCUGUUUGUUCAGCCAAAGUUUUUCCCCGUCUGCUCUGACACUUUGUUACGAUUACAUGAUUACAUGAAAUCUGCCUGACGCUGCUUCUCUUUCUACUCCAUGAACUGUUUGUGUCUUUGAACGCAUUAAAGUUCUGCUGCUCUGUACACGUCCUUCACUCAGCUCACCUCGAUGAACAGAUCUCUGAACAUGCACACACACACACACACACACACACACACACACACACACACACACACACACACACACACACACACACUGUGCAGCUUUUAUACUACAAUCCAUCAGCAACAUGGUAACAUGGUUCCCUCAGGUCCUUGAAAUCCUUAAAAGUUUGUGAGUUUGUAACAUUAACAUUGAUUAAAACUACGUCAUGUUAGGUCCUUGAAUUUGGGCUUGAAAGGUCCUUGGAAUUGUUAAAGGUGUGGGGAAACUCUGAAAUAUUAAAAACUCAUAAACUAA